AUGCAUAACGAAAUUGAUCAGCAGGUUUUACGUGAUUUAUAUUCUUGGGUAGAUUCAAUCCCUCUUUCUCGCCCAAAAAAGAACAUUAGCCGAGAUUUUUCCGAUGGAGUUUUAGUUGCUGAAGUUGUCAAAUAUUUUUUCCCAAAAUACGUCGAUCUCCAUAACUUUCAAAGUUGCAAUAAGAUUGAAGGCAAAAGAAAUAAUUGGCAAUUGCUAAACUGGAAAGUGUUUUCGAAGUUUUCUUUUAAAAUAACAGAUGAUGUCGUUGAUUCACUAAUUAACGCCCAACCCAGAACUAUUGAAAAACUUUUGCUACUUCUUCGAUCAAAAUUCCAAGAAUAUGAAAAUUCUGGAGAGGUUAAUGAUACCCGUAUUUUGCCCCUUUUAUCCAAUCAAAAUGGUGUAUCAAAAGUUAUAACCUCUACCUCAAUUCCUCAUAGAUUGCAAAGACUUCCCACUGUUUGGAAUGAAAAUAGAAAUAUUGAGCGUGGUGUUCCCUCUCUUUACAACAAAAUUUCUAUUUCCCAAAAGCCUGUCAGUAAAACAACUUCUGGGUCAAAGCCAGCUAAUGGAUCAUCCUGGAGACAACCAAAUAGUACAAAUGGGUAUCCUGAAUCCGUCUCCAAUGAUCUUUUACAAUCAUAUGACCAAAAAGUUCAGGAGUGUUUCAAACUUCAAGAGGCAGUGGAUAUACUUAACGCCAAACUUCGACGUAUGCAGCAUUUAUUAGAGUUAAAGGAUUUACGAAUUAAUGAACUCCAAAAACGACUGCAAUUCUUUCACUAA